CUUUGACCUGGAAAACCGGGCCGCAGAGUUCCUGACUAUGGUGCCCUGGGCGCGCGCCCUGCACUGAUUCGGCUAUCUUUUGGGCCGGCAACAAAGCGCGGGGUUCCUUUUUCAGAACGACAAAGGAGAAAGCUGUACAGCGAUACUGUUCUAGGUUGCCUGCCUGUCCGCGUGAGGCACUGGGGUGGAGAUUCGGCCAUAGCCGAUAGCAGCCGAUCGAGGUUACCCAGGUUGUGCCGCCAUGGCGGCGGCGGCGGCGGCGGGUGGCAAGGGGGCGCAGGCUCCAGCCCUGGAGGAUCUCUUCACGGCUAUGGCUGCGAGCAUAAAGGAGGAGGAGUACGAGAAAGUGGUCAAAACUGCCGGUCAAAGUACGUUCCUUUCCGCAUAUUGUUUGUAUCGCAACAACAGAUUUCAGGAGGCGCUGGAUGUGAUCAGAUCAUGGAAAGGUGUAGACGGUGUGGAUGGUGGGGACAAAGCGGCUGCGGCAGCGGCUCAACAGUUACAAUUGGGCAUGUUGCAGCUCGAGGGCCAAAUUCUUUUCCGCAUGGGUGAUAAUGCUGCCUGCAUCACGAAAUACGAGGAACUCAUGCAGCGCUCUAAGCUCUCUGGGUCGUCCCUGUCAUCAAUUGACUUGAAGACAAACAUUGUGGCGGCUUAUGUGGCAGCUGGCCGUUCGAAUGAGGUGUCUAAACUCAUAGAGACUUUGAAAGUAGCUCCCAAAGACAGUUUCGAUCUUGCGUUCAAUGUGGCUUGUGCGGCCAUAGAGAGGGGGGACUAUGCUGGCGCUGAGGCAAUGCUGCUGUUGGCUCUCAGGGUAGGGCGCGAGACAUUUAUCGAAGACGAACUGAAUGAUGAGGAGAUUGAUGAGGAGCUUGCGCCAGUCUCUGUCCAACUUGCCUAUGUGCAGCAGUGCCAAGGCCGUGUGACAGAAGCCAUGGAGGGGUACAGUGCUCUUUUGAAACGGAAGUUUGCAGAUCCUCCGUCGAUGGCUGUGGCAUCAAACAACCUGAUUGCACUGCGUGGGCCCAGAGAAUUAUUCGAUUCCCUGAAGAAGUCUGACAAGAUUCUUGAAAAGACACCAGAUCGGAAACUGCGAUUCACUGAGGGGUUGGAGCCCAAGUUGUCACCCAGGCAAAAAGAGGCCAUAAGCUUCAACAAAGUCCUUCUUUUGCUCCAUUCCAACAAACUGGACCAGGCUCGAGAGCUUCUGAGUUCUUUGACAGAAGCUUUUCCAUCAAGUUUUAUCCCGGCUUUACUCGAUGCGUCCCUGCUGAUCAAGGAGAACAAGAUUGAAGAUGUUGAAGAUGUUCUUGCGGCGUAUGUGGUAAAGAACCCAGCGAAUGCUGAUGCAGCAAACCUUGUGCGGGCUCAAGUAAAUGUAGUGAUUGGGAACUACCAGAAGGCAGCAGCUGCACUUGCAGCGAUUGAGUCCAUGAAGCAUAAGCUGGGGAUGACCGCCACCCUUGUGGCGUUGAAAGAACGGGCUGGUGACAUCGAUGGUGCUGAAGAGGUUCUGGAUUCUGCACUCAACUGGUGGUCGUCUCUCAAGGGUGAUAAUAAGUCAGUGGUGGAGGCGAUUACGCAUGCGGCCGCAAGGUUUAAGCUCGGUCAUGGACGACACAAGGCUGCAGCUGUUCUUUUUGAACAGCUCCUGAAGAGCAAGUCGCCGUCAAUCCGGGCUAGCGCAGUGCAUGGACUCGUUGUGAGCACAGCACACUUCGAUCCGGAGGCAGCAGAGAAGUUUGCAGCGAAGCUGCCAUUACCACCGCUGCCUGGGCUGAGCUCGGUGGAUGUGUCUGCUCUAGAGCGGACGGUCAGUGCAGCUGGCACUCUAGCUACCGUACGUCGUGAGAAGAAGACAGCUGCGGCAGAUGGUUUGAGCACUGACGCAUUAGGGCAAAAGCGUGGAGCAACAGAUGGAGAAAACGCCAUGGAGAAGAAGAUUAAAAAGAAGAAGAAGAAGAAGAAGAAGCCACUUUAUCCUAAAGGCUUUGACCCUGCAAAUCCUGGGCCGCCUCCUGACCCAGAGCGAUGGCUACCGAAAAGAGAACGGUCUUCCUUCAAGUCCAAGAGGAAGCAUAAGAAUAUUGCAGCAAUGAAAGGAAGCCAGGGUGCUGCUCCAUCAAUGGCAGCUGCUGCAGAGGAGAGAGAUAAGGAGAAAGAGAAGGAGAAGGCUGCCACAACAGCAGGGUCAGUGGCAGCAGAUGGCGCAGGCAAAAGCACAGCUGCUAACGUUAAUGCUUCAGCAGCGGCAGCGAGUGCCAGGAACCGGCGAAAGAAGUCUGGGAAGCGAUAAGUGGCAAGAAGCAAGGGAGUCUCACAGAAAUGCCUGAUCCUGGGAGGGAGAAGUAGCUGCUGCGGUCACCAUGCCAGAGAGUCCAUCGAGAGUGAAAGCCCGAGCUGUCGGUUUUGUAUGAGUCUAACAGACUCUAACUCGUAUUUGCUUCAUGUGCUAAUCUGUUUUGUGAUGCAAAAUGGCACUUGAAAACUGGAUUCUAGUCAGGACAUUUACGUUUAGUUCGGUCUUUCAGCAGAUUUGUGGGGUGGAGAGUGAAAUUCAAGCUCUCUCUUCAAGCAUGCAAAGGUAGGGAAUUGAGGGGUUGUUUGCCUCGAGUGCUUGGAUGCUUCAUGAAGGAUUGCACUUGGAAAAGAUGUGGCAUCAUUGAUUGCGGGCACUGAUAUACUGUCACCAAACUUAUUGUGCCGCCAUCGGCAGACAUUCUGUCUUGGACGAUCAAUGACAAUGCCUUGUCAAGGUUUUUAACAGGCCGUGGGCUUAUCAGGGCAACCGCUCCUCUGUUAUGUCUGCCAGUCACGGAGAAAGACUAAGCGCCGGAGGGUGUUAUGAAGCGCCACAGUAGUGUGCAGAAAAGAAUGAAUAAGACGUUGUCAGUUUUGUCCAGUCUUGGGGUAUAUGCUUGGCUGGUUUGAUUUUGAACUUGUGAGAUUGGGCAUAACGUCGUCUCUCCUCGAUACUUGGCUAUUCGGAUUCGUUGUGGCUCAAGUUUGGGUUCCUUUGGUCUUUUUGACAGUCAGAGGCUAUGGUUGGGCGUAGUCUGAUUUGUCAUAUAGGCUUGUUGUCCUCGAUGCUAGGGAGAAUGUCCUGUGGCUCAUGCCGGAGCUUUGUCUUGUCUAAUUUUGUAUUUGGGAUCAAGCAAUAUUCUCUGUCCUCUGCUUUCUUGGCCCUCUGUCACCCAUGUUUACGAUUGCAUUUCCGGC